AUGGAACAAUGCUGUAGCAAUUUAGCAUUUCCAGAAGCCGCAGAAGUUAAAGAACCCAACUCAGUCCGCAGGCCGGCUCCAGUCCGGUUGAACAGGGACAAAGUGACGGAGUACGUUGCCGACAAUGUCAGGGAAGACCCGGUCCCCUUCCCUAUCGCCAUUGUGGGGAUGGGAAUGAGGCUUCCUGGUGGAGUAAGCUCUGGAAGAGAAUUCUGGGAUUUUCUUGUCAACAAGCGCGAUGGCCUAUGUAGGGUCCCCGAAACGAGGUACAACGUCGAUGCAUUCUACGACGAGGCCCGCGAAGGUGCCGUCCGGACGAAACAUGGCUACUUCUUAGAGCAAGAUAUUGCGCAAGUAGACGUCGGGUUCUUCGGUAUAAGUAAACUUGAAGCGGAAAAGCUUGAUCCCCAACAGCGACUACUGCUGGAAGUAGUCUGGGAAUGCAUGGAAAAUGCCGGCCAGACGAACUGGCAGGGUACGAAUAUUGGAUGCUUCGUUGGCGUCUUUGGGGAAGAUUGGUUGGAUCUCUUGAGCAAGGAUACACAGCAACACGAUAGAUAUCGGGUCAUGAGCGCUGGUGAUUUUGCGUUGUCGAACCGGCUUUCAUACGAAUAUGACUUGACAGGACCCAGCGUCACAGUUCGAACAGGUUGCUCGUCGUCCAUGGUUGGUUUACACGAAGCGUGCCAAGCAAUUUACACCGGGGAUUGCUCAUCUGCCAUUGUUGCUGGGACAAGUCUUAUCAUGAGCCCGACCAUGACGACAACAAUGUCAGAAAACUUAGUUCUCUCGUCCAGCGGAAUCUGCAGAACAUUUGAUGCUGCAGCUGAUGGGUACGGAAGAGGCGAAGCAAUUAAUGCAGUAUAUAUCAAGCCACUGGAUGAUGCACUAGCCAAUGCUGACCCAAUACGUGCCAUUAUACGGUCAACGGCGGUCAACUGUGACGGUAAAACACCCAGCAUUACCACCCCCGGUUCCAAAGCGCAAGAGAGAUUGAUUAGACGAGCGUAUAAAAAGGCCCACAUCGAAGGUGAUGAUAUUCUGAAGACAGCGUUUUUCGAAUGUCAUGGAACAGGUACCAUAGCUGGAGAUACCGCAGAAACAACCGGCGUGGCCAACAUAUUUGGUGAGAAGGGAAUAUACAUCGGAGCCGUUAAGCCCAAUGUCGGUCAUUCAGAAGGCGCGUCGGGAAUCACGAGCAUCAUCAAGUGCGUCUUGGCACUAGAGAAUAAGAUCAUUCCUCCCAACGUGCACUUUCAGACACCGAAUCCUAAGAUUCCCUUCGAGAGUGCCAAGCUGCAAGUGCCUGUGGAGCCAACACCGUGGCCGGCCGAUAGGAAGGAGAGGAUCAGCGUCAAUUCAUUCGGCAUUGGGGGAACCAACGCUCAUGUUAUACUAGAUUCUGCAUCUUCCGUACUGCGCAAAAUAAGUCCAGAAGCACGAUUGGCCUCUGAGCCAGACUAUCAGCUCUUGGUUCUCUCGGCAAAGGAAAAGAAGUCGUUAGAUGGGCAAAUCGAAAGGAUAACGAGGUAUAUCGAAGCUAAUACAUCAUGUUUGAAUGAUUUGGCUUUCACCCUUGCGCGAAGACGAGAUCACCUGCCUUACAGAGCUUUUGCUGUAACUGACAAGGAUGGAUCUCUUCCGACAUUUCAAAAGGCGCAAUCCACGGUUCCAUGCCCAGUAUUCGUAUUCACUGGCCAAGGGGCCCAGUGGCCCACUAUGGGAAUGGGCCUUAUGGGUAGAUUCCCAAAAUUCCGCGAAGAUAUUCACCAGAUGGACAAGAUCUUGACGGAGCUCAGGGAAGCGCCUCCUUGGAGUAUUGAAGAGGAACUCUCUAAAGAUGAGGCGGUUAGUCGAGUGGGACAUGCUGAAUUUGCCCAACCCCUCUGCACAGCGAUUCAGAUUGCUCUCGUCAAUAUGCUACGGGAGUGGGGUAUCGUUCCAUACGCGGUGGUGGGCCAUUCAAGUGGUGAAAUAGCUGCAGCAUAUGCGUCUGGGGCUAUAUCUGCUCGUGUAGCCAUUAUACUGUCAUAUUUUCGCGGCCAAGCGGUAAAGUUUUUGUCCACCAGUCAUGCCGGUGCAAUGGCUGCUGUUGGUAUUAGCCCAGACACUGCUCGCGCGUUCUUGGAAGAGGGCGUCACUGUUGCAUGUGAAAAUAGUCCAGUUAGCGUCACACUAUCAGGGGACAAGGAAGCCUUGGACCGUGUUCUCAACAGAAUUCGCAAGGAUGAUGAGAAUGCAAUGUGCAAGCGUCUUCGGGUGGAUGUUGCCUACCAUUCACACCAUAUGCUGCGGACCAGACAAACUUACGAGUCACUGAUAUCACCAUAUGUUUGUCACAAUAGCUCCAUGGUCCCGCUUUAUUCGAGUGUAAUCUCAACGCCUAUUACUGAACCGAGCAGACUUGAUACCAUGUAUUGGUCCCAGAACUUGUCAUCUCCCGUUUUGUUUAGGACCGCAGUGCAGGGUCUCCUGGAUGACAACGGGCCGGUAAAGUUAUUUCUCGAGAUUGGUCCGCACUCUACCCUUGCUGGUCCCCUGAGGCAAAUAUUCCAAGCACAAACUAGCAAGAACAGAGCUGCCUUAUAUGUUCCUACAUUAUGCAGAGGAACUGAAGAGUGGCAAAGCCUACUGGCGACAGCCGGCCAUAUGUUUACGCAUAGCAUUCCUAUAGACCUUAGCAACAUUAUUCCUAAUGGCGCGGCUCUACGUGACCUCCCCCCUUAUUUCUGGAAGCAUGGUGAGAGAUUUUGGAAUGAGUCACGUCUGGCAAACCAUUGGAGACUACGGCAAGAACCUCACCAUGAGCUUUUGGGCUCUCGGGUGCUUGAGUCAUCCAGUGUUGAACCGUCAUGGAGGAAUAUCCUGCAUAUAGACCAGGUGCCUUGGCUUGGAGACCAUAAAAUUGGCAAGGAUGUGGUUUUCCCCUGUGCAGGUUAUGUUGCAAUGGUGGGCGAAGCAAUUCGCCAGAUAACCGAGUUAACUGAAUACUCAGUGAGAAAUGUGUUUAUGCGCGCUGCAUUAACACUAGAGACAUCAAUUGCAACGGAGAUUAUUACAAGUCUCCGACCAGCGAGGCUUGCCGAUAAUAUUGAUUCUGUAUGGUAUGACUUUACAAUAUCCGCCUAUCAGAACUCCACGUGGAAAAAGCACUGUAUUGGUCAAGUGAGGCCUACGUCGGACCAGACAUUCAAGGCAAAAAGGAUCACACCAUACCCUAGACUGGUCAGAUCUGAGAAGUGGUACAACGCCUUAGAAAAACGUGGGUUAGAAUACGGUCCCCAGUUCAGAGGACUCGAGCAAAUCUCGGCCAGUCCGUCAAGUUAUCAAGCUGCCGCCACGUUGCAGGAUGAUGAAAGCUUGUACGUGAGUCACUAUUCACUACACCCGAUUAUCAUAGACGAGAGCCUUCAACUGCUCAGCGUGGCGGCAACCCAUGGUAUCCCUCGCCGAAUGACCCGUUUGGCAAUUCCGACGGCUAUUGAAGAGCUUUAUGUAGGCAACGGAAGAGGAACAAUGUCACUCAAUGUCUCCUGUGACACCUCGGGAGGCAUGAUGCGUGGAAAUGCGGUGCUUGUUUCCGACGACCAAGUGGUACUCUCCCUGCAUCAUGGCAUUUUUUUCAGCAUUCAAGACCCUGAUAUAGGCAAUCCCCAGCUUCCAGUAGCUGCGACAAUUCACUGGGGUCCUCACAUCGAUUUUGUACCUGCUGAAAAAUUGUUUUCUUCAUCACAGAACUUCUUGGAGGGUCGCCGUAGAGUCGUCAGGCUAGUUGGCCUUUAUGGCGUGGAAUACUAUUAUCAGACAAGGUCCUCCCAGCCCACACAGGCACAUUUGAGUAAAUGGCUAUCCUGGAUAACGUCUAACUAUAAAUACAUGCGUGACAACGCACCUGUGCUAGUGCCGGAGCUGAGAGACAUCUGUUCCCUGAGCCCGGCGGAACGCGCUGCGGAGAUCGAGGGUCUUAAAUCCAUGCAGCCACAGGAUUUCGGCUAUCCAUUUUAUGUCUUGUGCAGUCGGAUUCUCGGUUCAAUCCACAAGCUUUUGGGGGGGCAGCUGGAACCUAUUGAUCUUCUGGUAGAGGAUGGUGCGCUCAAAUAUUUCUACGAGCAAUCCGCCCUGAACGGAUCCUGGCACGAAUUUGCCUCCUUGCUUGGGCAUUCCUAUCCACAACUACGAGUGCUAGAAGUAGGAGGUGGUACUGGGGGGGAUACCCUGAUUGCCUUGAAGGGUUUCACAAUGGACCACAGCAAUAGGCUAUAUUCCACAUAUACAUUUACAGAUAUAUCUCCUGGAUUCCUUCUAGAAGCAAAGGAAAGGUAUAAGUCUUAUCCGGCCAUGGAAUACGCUACCCUCGAUAUCAGCCGCGAUCCUGUUGAGCAAGGUUUCGAGCCUGAAAGCUAUGAUUUGAUUAUUGCGGCCAACGUGAUACAUGCAACCCCGAGAAUAUCGGAAACGCUGCGAAAUGUCCGCAGGUUGCUUGUGCCCGGUGGUCGUCUUUUACUGAUCGAACUGGCCUGUACCAUCCCAAUUAUCGACUAUAUCAUGGGUAUCCUGCCGGGUUGGUGGCUGGGUGAGGGCGAUGGGCGAGAAGAGCGGCCGUAUAUGUCCGUGGACAAAUGGCAUGACAAGCUGUUGGACGCUGGAUUUACGGGCGUGGAGGCUUUUAGGUAUGAUAACGAACCGCCGUAUCAUCUGAAUGCACAAAUCCUGUCAAGGGUGCCUAGUGCCAAGUCACCCGAAAAAGGAGAGGUCUCCCUUCUCUAUCUCACUGAGAUUCACGACUGGGCCCGAGAGCUCGCGAGAGACCUUGAAAAGGCGGGGUACUCAGUCCACUGGUGCACAUUAAAGCAAGUUCCGUCAUCUGGUGCAAACAUAAUCUCAGUAAUUGACCUUGAGGGUCCCUUUUUUCAUGAACUCUCGCCAGCCGACUUCGAAAGCUUCCAAUCGUAUGUUUCGCGCUUGGCAGAUCGUCAUCUGCUAUGGGUUACGCGGUUUGUUCAAAUGGAGUGUGACGAUCCUAGAUACGCGUUAGUGUUAGGCUUAGCUCGGACUAUUCGACAUGAGAUUAUGCCUCAGUUUGCUACCAUCGAGAUCGACCAAGUGGAGAGGGCCUCCCUCCAACCUGUGGUUCAGGUAUUUGAGCGACUUCUGUCUCAGCUGGAUGAUCCUGGUGCGGCACCAGAAUAUGAAUUCGCUGUCCGAGAGGGGAGUGUACACACUCCGCGGUUCCAGUUUAAUUCGUUUGAGGAACAAGUCGGGGCAGGAGAGAGCCAAGGCCCGAGAAUGCUGGAUAUUGAGGCCUACGCGAUGCUUGAUUCGCUAACGUGGACCUGUGCAGAUAUGACGUCAAAUGACCUGGAGAAGGAGGAAGUUGAAGUUGACAUAAAAUAUGUUGGUCUGAACUUUAGGGAUCUGAUGGUUGUGAUGGGCCUCAUGGGGGAUAUGGCCCAGGUCGGCUUGGAAGCUAGUGGAAUUGUGCGACGAGUGGGAUCCGCUGUCCACCAGUUUUCACCCGGCGACAGGAUCAUGAUCUCUCAUCUUGGCCUCAUGUGUACCCGAACGGUUGUACGGACAGAACGAUGCGUCCAAAUUCCUGACAACAUUUCACUGGAGGAUGCUGCCACAAUACCUUGUGUCUAUGCAACUGUGGUCUACUCUCUCAUAACCGUCGGCGGCCUCAAACGAGGGCAAUCGGUUCUGAUCCAUUCUGCGUGUGGUGGGGUGGGUCUGGCUGCGGUACAGCUAUGUCAGCUAAUCGGAGCUGUGAUCUACGCGACAGUUGGAAGUGAAGACAAGGCUCGGCAUCUUGUAGACAACUUCAAGAUCCCCGCUGAUCAUAUAUUUGACUCUAGAAGUUCGUCUUUCCUUCAAGGUGUAUUGCGGAAGACCGAUGGGCGCGGUGUCGAUUUAGUGCUCAACUCUCUAUCCGGUGACCUACUCCAUGCAUCUUGGCAAUGUGUUGCGAAGCUCGGUAAAAUGCUCGAACUGGGGAAAAGAGACUUUCUGGGACAUGGCCUCUUGGAGAUGGACAGGUUCCUUGAUAAUCGGUCAUUCAUUGGAAUUGACCUCCUCCAGGUUCUCGAUGAGAAUAUUGGUGUCCUGCAAGAAAUGAUUGGAUGUGUCAUGGAAUACUUCCAAGAAGGAAAGGCGGGUCCCAUCAACCCAGUUACUGUGUUCGAUGCUGCCAAUGUAGUAAAGGCUUUCCGGUAUAUGCAAAGCGGACAGCACAUGGGGAAGAUUAUCGUCAAAAUGCCAGACCUCCCUUUGGCUCUUCCGGUUGCCCGCGUUCACGAAAUGGCCGCAUAUUUCCCCGCAAACGCGUCGUACCUUCUUGUCGGUGGUCUUGGAGGCCUCGGUCGUGCCGUUGCUACCUGGAUGGUUGAGAAGGGAGCCCGGCAUUUAGUCUUCCUUUCAAGAACUGGUGCAAAUACUUUCGAAAGUAGCUCUUUUAUAAAGACCUUGGAAUGCCAGGGCUGCGAUGCAAUUACUGUUGUGGGCAACGUAGGAUAUAUUGAUGACGUUCAGCGUGCAGUUUCCGCGGCCAAAACGCCAAUUGCAGGGGUCAUUCAACUGUCGAUGGUUUUAAAGGAUCAAAGUUUGCACAAUAUGGUUCACGAAGAAUGGGUAGCAGCGUUGUAUCCCAAGGUUAAAGGAACAUGGAACCUUCAUCACGUGCUGAAGGAUAAGCCAUUGGACUUCUUCCUUCUAAUGGGUUCAAUGGCUGGUAUCAUUGGAUGGCCUGGCCAAGCCAACUAUGGCGCAGCGAAUGCCUUUUUAGACGCUUUUGUAAAAUAUCGACAAUCGCUGCACCUGCCAGCUCAUGCGAUUGACCUCGGCCUCAUGGGGGACAUUGGCUACGCUUCAGAGGCCUCCCUCGUGCCGACUUUAGAAGCGUCGCAAUCCAAUUCGUUACGAGUGCUUGACGAGCGGCAAUUCCUUUGGGCAGUCGAGGUUGCGGUAUUAGCGCAACGAUUUCAAUGCCCAAAUCAGGUCGUUGUCGGGCUCGGAACUACCAGGACUCUAUCUUCCGCAGACUUUGCAUCGAACUGGAUAAAAGAGGCCAGGUUCGGUAUUUGGAAGAACAUAAUUGCCACCAUGGAACAACCCGCAGAGGCCUCCAGAGCUGAUGAGCUCAGGGAACAUAUGGAAGCGAUCAAGAACAACCCGUCACUUCUAGAUCGGCCGGAGACGGAGGAACGGAUUGUUAUUGAACUUGGAAGAUUAAUCGCGUCCUACACAUCGCGACCGGAAGAUAUGACUAUAGAGGAAUUGUCCAAUAUUCCAAUCGAUUCAUUGAUGACAUUCGAGAUUCGCACUUGGUUUCGCCGCCAUGCAGGAAUUGAGAUUACGUUAGUAGAGGUCUCAAACUCAGGGACUGUCGGUGGGCUGGGUAAGAUCGCUGUUCAGAAGCUGCGCGACAAGCACACGUGCAAGGGUCACAAAGGCAGUGAAAGCCAGGAUGGUGACUCUGACGGAUCUGAGAAAGAGCCGAGUUACCAUGAUGACUUAACGCUUGCUAAAACAAUGCGACCCAUUUCUAAUAACAUUCCGGAUUGGACCUCUGAGUCUGAGGGAAAUGUCUUCUUUACUGGUGCAACUGGCUUCCUUGGUGCCUUCCUGCUGUCGGAACUUAUCGCCCUACCACACAUCAAGCAAAUUGCAUGCUUGGUUCGGGCAAAUACAUCCGACAUGGGCCAUACAAGGAUUAAACAAACCUUUGCCAAUUACGGGCUUCCAGUCGACUUUAGAUCCAAGGUUAUCGCAAUUCCUGGCGAUGUGACCAAAAGAAAUCUCGGUCUACGGCCAGAAACCUUCAGUCACCUGGCGCAGUGGUCGAGUGUGAUCUUUCAUUUUGCAGGGUAUGCCAAUUACACCUUGCCUUACUCUGUUCACAGGGGCCCAAAUGUCCUUGGGCUCCUCGAGACCCUUCGGCUUGCCAAUACCGAGCGAUUGAAGCCUAUCCAUUAUUGCUCUAGUAUCUCCGCGUGCGGUAUCAGCGAAAACCUCAUUGGCCCCGUCCCAGAGGAUGUCCGACCUCGCCCCGAGUCUCAGAAUGUGGCACAAAGUAUUGGCUAUACGCAAAGCAAGUUUGUCGCAGAAAGUAUUGUCUGGGACGCCAUUGAGAAUGGUUUCGCCAUAGCCAUAUACCGACCAUCACUUGUUACUGGGCACAGUCGUACAGGCGUAUGUAAGAAGGAGGAUAUAAUUAACAGACUUCUGUCUAACUGUAUUCGGCUUGGGUGUUAUCCUCAUCCACCCCAGCAGCGGUUCCACUUUAUUCCGGUAGACUUUGCUUGUUCGGCGGUAUCCCGGAUCUCAUUAAACAGGUCUAGCUUUGGCCAUGCUUUCAAUAUCACCCAGCCAGACCAAGACAAGGUCAUAACCCUCGGAGAGGUCUACACUAUCUUGAACAACUAUUCCCCUACUCCUCUCGUUUCCAUUCCUACCGCCGAAUUUAUUAAAAGGCUAACCAAGAAACGAGACUCACUGAUUAAAGUGUCCAGUUCCAUUCUGGCGGAGAGACUCGCCGGGCACAGGAUUUGGUGGGAUGAUUGGGAGUAUAUGGCUGCUUAUAGCACGGAGAACCUCCGCCGAGCGAUGACUGAUCACCCAGAUAUUAUAGGACUCAAGCCUGUUCCCGAGCUGCUCAAGGUCUACUAUAACUUUUGGUCGAGAGCACAGAUGGCCGGGAAGCUGGGUCGAUCUAUCACUAGGAGACUCAAAGCCAACUACCUCGAAAACAAGCCGCAAGGAAAUUCCGCGAAAUACGCCACUUUGCACGACAGAGGGCGAUGGGUAUGGUGUGAAGCGCCGGAUCUUUGUAAUCCUGUAUAUAAGAACAGUACCAAACGAGCACCAUGA